CAACGGUUUUGUGAAAUGAAUGAUAAGAAGCGAGUUCUUACAGAGAACUGCAAGGAAUUGCUGAAAAAAGCUCGACAGGUCUGCAAACUAAGUCCGGACCAGUAUCUUCCGAAAGAAUUUCAGACUGCUUUUCAGGCUCUUCCAACCACAUUGGAGGAAAUUGAUGCUUUUCUAAAUGAAGAGAAAACCAGGGCUUCCUGUUUCACAGGCCUGGAUGCUUCGGUUGUUGAAGAAUACAAUAAGCAAACACAAGAAAUACAGCAGUUGACAGAAUAUCUAGAGGAGAAGCAAAAUGAAUUGGAUAAAUAUAAACAAAACAUUUCACAGGUCAAGGAAAGGUGGCUAAACCCCUUGAAAAAGCUGAUUGAGCAAAUUAAUGAAAAGUUCAGUAACUUCUUUAGUUCUAUGCAAUGCGUUGGUGAGGUUGAUCUUCAUGUGGAAAAUGAGGAGGAGUACGACAAGUAUGGGAUUCGCAUUAGAGUCAAAUUUCACAGUAGCACUGAACUUCAUGAAUUGAAUCCUUAUCAUCAGAGUGGAGGUGAGAAAAGUGUUUCCACUAUGUUGUACCUGAUGGCUCUACAGGAACUCAACAGAUGUCCUUUCAGGGUUGUAGACGAAAUAAAUCAGGGAAUGGAUCCAAUGAAUGAGAGAAGAGUUUUUGAAAUGGUUGUUAAAACUGCUUGUAAAGAAAGCACGUCUCAGUACUUCUUCAUUACACCGAAGCUCCUGCAGAAUCUCACUUACAAUGACAAGAUGACAGUGUUGUUUGUCUACAAUGGACCUUUUAUGUUGGAGGCAAACAAAUGGAACUUAAAAUCUUUCUGUAGGCGGCGGAGACGACUUGGAAGGAUGGAUGAACAGUGAUACAUACACACACACACACACACACAUAUAUAUAAUGGUUUUGUAGAACUUUGUGGAACAUCUGGCUUUCAAGACUAGAAACUGUGAAACAUGAGAACCUG